GUUCCAUUCUUUCUCGAGGGACGACGGUACACGUCUCGCUGUGCCAUCGUCGUGUGCGAGGACACCCAUUGCCCCAAGUGCCAUGCCGCGCAUGCGUAGGAGAAUGCGGGACCCCCUGGUGGUGGCCAUCAUGGCUAUCGCCGGCAGAUUGGCAGAAGAUGCCUUCAGUUUCGUUGAUUCCCUGUUUGACGAGUCGUUGCUCACUGGUGAGGACGAUGAUAUGGCGAUGGUUACUGUUGGUGAUGCCGACGAAGAUGCCGRAGGACGACACCGCAGUCUCCUUUGGUUGUUGCCAACCAUUUAYGAAAUGUGCGGGUUGUCACCAAGGGCGUCUCCUAGGUGGUGGGUCAUGCGGCGGUCUGCGGGGUUAUGGAAGGACCUCGUCGCAACGGACGACGCCGAGAAUGACCACUACUUGGGCUUGUUACGCAUGCGGAGGUCCACAUUCGACAGGCUGCUGCGUAAGGUCGGGCCCCUUUUGGAGAAGCAAGUCACAAAAUUCAGAGUGCCAUUGCCGCCGUCCAAGAAAUUGGCCUACGCACUCCACAGAUGGGCCCACGGCGAUGCACACUGGCACARCUCGUCCGGAUAUGGCAUGGGGAGAACUAGUGCCUUGCGCGCGGUACGAGAAGUUGCAGAGGCCAUUCACACGGCCUUCCCGAACGCUGUUAGUUUUGGCAGUUAUGAGGAGCGGCACCUACGUAUGCAGCGUUUCCGAGCAUUGGGUUUCCCCAAUUGCUGGGGGUGCAUCGACUGCACCCACGUGUACGUCGACAAACCGCGACGCGCAGAUGGUGAUGACUAUUGUUCUGGACGGAGCAACAGGUUCUCAGUGCUUGCGCAGAUUGUCGUUGACUCGGACUUGCAGAUCCUGGAUUUCUGCUACGGCUUCCCUGGGACCGUUGGCGAUGCCCGUGCUCUGAGGAACACUUCCCUGUACAGACGCGCUAUGAAGGGGUCGCUGUUCGCUGACCGCCCCGAUGAUCCUUUCGCUGCAGAGAGGCCGUCUAUCCCGGGUGUCCCUGGGGGAUACUUGCUUGGUGACGGAGGGUAUCCCGCUCUUCCGUGGAUUAGUUUGAUGUUUCGGCGUCGUUUUCUUGUGGCGAUGAGUGUUGGACCGCAAGGCUGGGGCCGUGUACUUGCGGUUUGAAUGGACUCGUUUUGUCUAAUAAAUAGUUAAGGAUAUA